CUUCCAUUCCAAUCGUGUUUACAUUUGUUCGCUAGCCGCUAAAUUAUCAAUUCUGAUUGAUUAUCUGCAUGAAUUUAGUCUUAAUUUAGUCUACUUAUUUUAAUUCAAUUAGUUACAUCGUGAAAAAGUUCAUCUACCGUGAAUUAAUUAACCGCUGAAUCAGUGUAGGGUAGUUUCAUCUGCAUCUUUAGAGCUCCGAGGCGAUCAUCAGAUCAUAAUCUCACCAUUGGAAUUCUUUCAGUCAAGUAGAGAGUUUAACAUCAAUAAUGUCUGGGCCACCGCAUUCUUUUCAAUCAAGCUUUGUCAAUUCUCAGCAGAACCAGAUGCGCAAUCAAUUCGUCGGAGGCUCAGGACCACAAAUGCCUGGCUUAAUGGCCUCUCCUCAACAACAAAUGAUGGCAAAUCAACAAAAUUUUAAUGUUGGAAUGCAAGCCGUCAACAAUCAGCAAUUACAAAUGCAACUGCAACAGCAGCAGCAACAGCAACAACAACAGCAACAGCUCCAGCAGCAGUUACAGCAACAACAACAGCAACAGCAGCAGGUGCAUCCACAGCAAGUUCAACAGCAGCAAGCACAACAACAACAGGUAAGUGGAGUUGCCCCAACUCCUGGAACUGCAGCACCUCAGAAUCAAAACAAAGAAUUCAACACAGCAUCUUUGUGUCGCUUUGGUCAAGAAACAGUUCAGGAUAUUGUGUCAAGGGCUCAGGAAUUGUUUCAAAAUUUAAAAGUCAUUCAGCCUCCAAAUGGAACUGCUCAGUCUGUCAGUGCAAGUAAUGAAAAAAGAAUGAAAAUUCAAGAUCAUUUACGGACAAUAAAAUUACUUUUCAAAAGAUUGAGGCUCAUAUACGAAAAGUGUAAUGAAAGCUGCCAAACUUCAGGAAUGGAAUAUAUGCAUAUUGAGAGUUUAAUACCAAUGAAAGAAGAGUGGGAUAACAAAUGUGAAGAAAGGAAAACAUCAGAACAAUAUCGAUUGGCGUGUGAGGAAAGUAAAGAAGUAAUGGAGCAAGUCAUGUUGAAGAACAGACAUCUGAAAGAGCUAAUAGACCACUUACGUCGGAUUAUCUGGGAAAUCAAUGCCAUGUUAGCCAUGCGAAGGUCUUAAUCCUGUCUUAUACAAAUGCUGUUCAAAAAACUGUUGGACUUCAUCGCUCCGCAAGUACCUGUUGAUCUUUUUGUGUUUUUCUUACAUAAGAAAGAAUUUCACUUUUGAACUGAUUGAACUAGAAGCUUUGAUGAGCUUCUGGUCGUAGUUCGGUGAAACUAGAAGAACAUGUAUUUCAAUAGAAAGAAUUCAAAUAAAAGAAAUUAUCUCCAUUGUGGCCUGAGCUCUAUGAUCCGUAAGAAUACGUGCAUGAUAAGGCCCUUGUCACAACAGAGAUAGUGCCUUUUGAUUUAAAUACUUCCAAUCGUUUUUAAGUAGUUGUGCUUUUAUUUUAUGUCUUUGAAAGAAAAGGAAUGAAGGUAAAUUUUACAACAAAUAUCAUAAAAUUGUACCAUUAUCAUUUUCAGACUUUUUAAAGAAAAUCAUGUAUAUCAUGCACUCAAUGCAGUCAAUUUUUUUCCAUCGUAAACAAUUGUUGCAAAAAGUUUGCGACUUCUGGAACUAAAAUAUCUGUUUUUCGAGUUUUCUUGAUACAUAUUUGAUCAAAGUACCCACCCAAAUCUUAUUCACUAUGUUUGUGAGAAAUAUUUAAGUUUUGUGGAAAUAAUUUAGUUAGGCAUUAUAUGUGCCAACCCACCUGAUGCUCAACCCGCUAGUUGAUAAAAUGGGAAUUAAUCAGAGACAAGAGACCCUCCUUUGGCCUCUUGGUGACAGGUAAAAGCUUUUACUUUCGGAGAUUCAAAAAUUCCUUAUGGAAAAUUAUAAGGGAGCAACAGUCAAACACUCUUUUAUAGCUGUUGACCUAACUACAUGGUGGAUGAUGAGCUUCGAAUGACGUCAUGAGCAAUACAAGUUUCCCAAACUUCAGCUUGUUCGCAAAACGAAACUGCUAACUUGUUGUUAAACAUCAACCAUGUAGGUAAGUCAACAGUUUAAUGUUGAAGUCCCAAAAGUAAAAGCUUCCACCAUAGCCAAGAUCCAAGUGGAGGGUCUCUUGUCUCUGAAAUUAACACCUGUGAAUUGGAUUCAACUUCUUGGACCCCUCCAUUAGUAUUUGGUCUUUACAAUACCAUUAUAUUUUCCAAAUUUCAUGUUUCAAAAUUCCUGAGGAAAAUCACAAGCAAAAGAAUCAUUUGUGCGCAUUUCUCAGUUUGCAUUUCAUGGUGAAUCUACAUCAGAUUUGUACCCUUUCUGAAAUGAAGUUGUAAUUUUAUAAUAUGACCAGCAAUACAUUUUGAAAAUCAUCUCUCUUUAAAAGAAAGUGCAUAUUUUCUACCAUUUUUUGCUGUGAUGAAAGAAACUUUACAGUAAAAGAAUACCAUUUCCUGAGUGUAUAAUAUCUGUAAUUAUUGAAUUCAUAAAAGGAGUAUGAAAAAAUUAUCAUAUUUUAAUGUUCGCUCAUUACAUAACUUACAUCACAUUUACCAGAAGGGAACCAAAGAGAUCACAGUUUUGUAAAAAUCAUGCGUCUUCAUCUUUAUUUAAUGAAUUUCCUGGAAUGGCAAAUAUUUUUUGUUCCUCUACCAAAAACUUAAAGAUUCCAAAAGAACACAAUCGUGUAAAUUUUAUCACUGUACAUAUAUUCAGUAUCUUUUAAAGCUAAGAAAAAUUUACACGGUUUUAAAAACGUUUAAAUCCUUUGGUUCCCUUUUGUGAAAUGGAAUCCACUUUAAUUUGGCAGUAAAUAUCCACAUACUAAUUUCAACAUAUUUGAUAAGUUCUUUCCUAUUUUGAUCAGAGUACAAGACGUUUGCUGUUACCUCAUCUCCUUUUGUUUGUUGAUUUUUUUUUUCUUCAAAAAAAUGAUAAGAUUAGUAAAUUAUUUUCAAUUGAUAAUGUUCUGAUGUUAUUGGUGCAAGGACUUAAACCAUGAUUAAAAUAAAUUUAUAUUAAAUCCAUCAUCCGAGACUCUAGUAUUUUUCUGAUCUUUAAACAUGAAGUAACGUUCAAUACCAAUAAUGUAGCCAAAAUGUAAUCACUGCCUUUAUUGCUUUUCAGCCAUAUGAUUCUACUUAUGCAGCUAAUUUGGGUCUGUUUCUGAAAACUUUCUCUGACUGUGAGGUUAGAAAGUUAAAAAUUCAAUUGUGUCUCCUAAGAGUCUUGCGACAUAAGAAUAAAUGGCUGUAAUAAAACUUGAUUAGGUUUAGGGGGGGUUUAGCAUCUUGCUUUCCAAGAGUACGUUGGUGUUUCCUUAAAGAGGAAACAAACAAUGGCACUGAAAAAUGUUCACAACACUUCACUUUGUGAAGAUCUGCUACCAUCCAAACCAUUUUUCAAAGUUUAAAAAAGUGUUUCUGAAGUAUCACCUAAAAGCAGUUCCAGUUAAUAGGCACAAUUUGAAAUCAGUGUUCCAUGGGGAUCUUAAGGACCAAGUUAGAGAAGAAGACAGGGCUGGCAUCUACAGUUUGAAAUGUAAAGACUGUGACAAGCAAUACAUUGGGCAGACAAGAAGGAAGAUGAAAGUAAGAAUAAAAGAACAUCAAAGAUGUAUUAAGAACAGAGAAAUUGACAAGUCAGCAGUAGCUUUGCAUAAUCUUGAGACAGGACAUCGGUUCGAAGAGGAAGGGAAACUGUUAAUUGGAUGCAACGAUAGAAGGAAGCUGAACAUCUUGGAAGCUAUGGAAAUUCACAAAAAGAGAGACAAGUUGGUAAAUUUAGAUUUGGAAUGCCUGGAAAACUGUUUGCUCAAAGUGAUUGGCAGCACUGAUAGAUUCCACACCAAGCAGGAUGUAAACAACAACAGGCAGUCGGAAUUUAGCCUUGAAGAAGGGACCGAGGUGUCCCGAAACGCGUCGGUUUUUUAAUUUUAUUUUGUCACCGAUGAGGAACUCGAAGAAAUUGGUGAAGGGUACGUUGUGCGCUUGAUGUCGAUGAACAACUCCAUGGCAAGAAUUGUCCUGUACUGCAACUUGACAGAUGAGGAUAUCCAAGCUGCCAUAAAAAAAAUUCGUUUUAUUAUUGGUGAAUUCAAAAGAAACAUGACGACGUAGGGGCCAACUGAUAUAACCCCACGCUAAAAAAAAAAAAAAAAAAGUGCAUGGUAUGUACCCAAUUGCUCUUUGCUGGAAUGCCCGGCCCAGGCCUCAGACAAACGGCUUUUAAGCAUCCGUCGCUCGGCCACUCACCCAAUUUAGGACUGUAUCUUCUUGUCAGGCAAGCUCAAUGCAAUAAAGAAGUGCUCUUCUAGGGGUAGCUGAUUUACUCAUUAAUUAUGAGUACCAUAUAAAAUUUGGAAUUCGCUCAUUGGAGAGAAGACCGAUUGGUUUGUAGUUUAGUAUUUUGUAUAAUGUUAGUCUACACUGGGAGGUAUAAUAAAUGCUUUUGAAAUGCA